AUGUCUUUUACUAGGUGCUUAGUGCGGUGCGUCUCUCUGUUUCCAAGUCAUUGUCUUCAUGACUCAGCCAACACCGCGAUCUGGACGUUCGCAGUGUUCACAGAUAGAAACAAGAACUACAAGAAUCAAUACCUCACUUUCGUACCUUUCGUUUUGCAUCGAACAAGCCUUACGUAUACGUAA